AAAAAAUCUUCUGACAAUGCAAACAAAAGUGGAUUUUAUUAUGGUGUCUGACAUGGGAUUGUUAUUUCUUUUAUCUCUUGUUUCCAUGAACUGUUAAAAUAUUAACUCAUCUUUUUCAGCUGCAAGAAUGUUUAGCCUUCCAUGGCACACAAAGCUCUUUCUGUUGUUCCUCUUCAUAGCACAACUAGUGGCAAAAAGUACACCACCGCCAAAAGCUGAAUUUAAGAAAGAUGAAGUUUUUACAGGAGUUCCAUUUCCAACCUCAACUGUACCUGCAGAAGAACUUGCUACUGAUAAUUCAGGUCUUUCAUCUGCAAGUUCCACACUGAAGUCAACAUCUCUCCGUUUAUUUGACACCUUCCCAACUGUGCCUCCUUUUGAAGAUAAUGGAAAUUUUACUAUUGAUUCCGAUGAGUUCCUUUUUAACUGCUGUGACUGCUGCCCUCCUGUACCAGGACAAAAGGGUGAACAGGGAGAGCCUGGAAAAGCAGGGUCUCCAGGUGAAAAAGGGGACCAGGGGAUAGCAGGUCUCCCUGGAUCCCCAGGACCAGCUGGCAUAAAGGGUGCUAUCGGAGAAAAAGGACCAAAAGGAGAUCGUGGUCUAGAUGGAUUUGAUGGACUUCCAGGAUUUAUUGGAAAACCUGGCGAAAAAGGUGAGCAAGGAGCAAAAGGCGAUAAAGGGAACAUUGGUUUUCCAGGAUUUAAAGGAGAUAAAGGAGAUAAGGGAGGUCCCUGUGAAAAUGGCACCAAAGGAGAAAAAGGGGAGCAGGGCAAUGUUGGCAAAAUGGGGUUAACAGGAGAAAAAGGUGAGAAAGGUGAGAGAGGAGAUGUAGGAGAAAAAGGAGAAUGUGGGGACACUGGGGAGAAGGGUGAUCAUGGAGAUUCGGGGAAAGAAGGUGACAAAGGUGACAAAGGAGAAAAAGGGGAGCCAGGGAAUGAUGGCGUUAAUGGAAAUGAUGGAUUGAGUGGUGAAAAGGGAAAUGAAGGACAAAAAGGAGAAAAGGGGGACCGAGGACCACUGGGACCAAAAGGAUCAUUAGGGCCAAAAGGAAGAGAUGGCAGCAGAGGUCCUCGUGGGCGAAGGGGUAGUCGAGGACUAAGGGGUUUGCCAGGAAACAAAGGAGAGGAUACAAAGGUCAUACCAUCUGCAUUUAGUGUGGCAUUAUUGCCGAGUAAGUCCUUUCCUCCAGUUGGUACCCCAAUAAAAUUUGAAAAAACUUUCUACAAUGAUCAAAAUGCCUACAAUCCAGAAACUGGAAAAUUCCGCUGCAGAAUUGGAGGUGCUUAUCUGUUUUCAUACCAAUUGACUGUGAGAAGUAGACCUAUAAGAGUUAGCCUGGUAAAAAAUGGUACUCGGAUCUUGAAGAGUAGAGAUGCAAUUUUUGGUCAGGAUAUAGAUCAGGCAUCUGGGAUGGUUAUUCUUAAAUUAAAACCCAAUGAUGAAAUCUGGUUGAUGAUAACUCGAGACUGGAAUGGCAUUUUUGCCAGCAAUGAUGAUGACAGUACAUUUACAGGAUUUCUUUUGUAUCCAGAGUAAGCUUCAUAUAUAUAUUAUAUAUAUCCAUAUAUAAUAAUUCUGUUAUUUUGUAACAACCUGGUUCCCUUUUGAACGUACUGUUGGUUUUAGAUCUAGUGCUUGCUGGGUCAAUAAAUGAAAUAGCCAAUAUUUGAAAUAAUCAUAAAAAAUGAAUUUAAUUUCGUUGAUUUUUGUUUAAAUACACUUGACAUUGUACUAAGUACAUCAUUUUAGUUCAUUAAAUCAAUAAAGUCUGUGAUGAUGGCA